UGGAGUUGGCGCAUCCUCAACUUUCAUCUACCGCAAGAGCCGCACCGGACUUUAUGACAAACGACGACAUAUUAGAUCUCGUAUUCGUUUUUGUAUAUCCUACUUCCUUUCAUACGUGAUAUGGAUAUUAGUGCGGGUUUCUGGCACCCGGUCGCUUGUUGAUCGGCGACACUGCUCUGGUUAGAGGACCAUCGGGACAUUCGGAGGAGAGGAGAGUGUCCAUAUGACUGCGGGCUUAGAGACAGAUCUCAGAUGCGCCAAUACGGGAUAGUUUGGAAAUAUUCCUACAUAUCUGUACUUACCGACUGCUGAAGGUCAUAUGAGCAACAGGGAUGGCUUUGCAUUGCGCAUCUGAGACAAUCUACAGUUAAUUGAUAUUUCAUGCUGCCUUUCCGCUGACAUUACCAUAGGUUCCUUUAAGUUUUCCGACAGAUCCAGGAGAAGGAUCCUAUGCGCACUGCGAAGAUUCUAAAAGCACACAGUCUGCGCCUCUGUUUCGGAUUAAACAACACUGAGACCUACCUAAAUGGGAUAUUUUCCCUUAAUGUGACCGCUCUUUGAAUUGAUGGGGAAACGUGCCGUUCUCCCGGAGUGAUGGGAACCCUCGGACUUUACUGACAUCGGGAACGGUUAUUGUUUGGGGCUUUUUUUUCCCUGGGACAUUGUCACAAGGGAAAAUGAAAGGAUCUAUCCCUCUUCAGGUUCUCCUCUGUGCUACAUUAAUUCGGAGUUUAAAGGUCUUAUCCAAGAGAGGUUCAGUGGAUGGCUGUACAGACUGGUCAGUGGACUACUUGAAAUACAAAGUUCUUCUUGGUGAGCCAGUGAGGAUUAAGUGUGCAUUGUUUUAUGGAUAUAUACGAGCAAACUAUACCCAUGCUCAGAGUGCUGGCCUCAGCCUGAUGUGGUACAAAAGUGUGGGCCAUGGGGACUUUGAGGAACCCAUCACCUUCGACGGACUCAGGAUGAGUAAGGAGGAGGAUUCCAUUUGGUUUAGACCAACUGAAUUACAGGAUGUUGGUCACUACUCAUGUGUGCUACGAAAUUCCACAUACUGCAUGAAAGUGUCCAUGUCGCUAACUGUGUCAGAAAAUGACACAGACCUGUGCUAUAACUCUAAAAUGAAGUAUUUGGAGAAGGCUGAAUUGAGUAAGGGGAAGGACAUCCUCUGUCCUGACAUAGAUGACUACAUCCAGCCUGGCAAAGACCCAGAGCUUGUGUGGUAUAAGGAGUGUAAACCCAAACAGUGGCGACAAAGCAUUGUAAAGAGGAAAGAUAUGCUCUCGAUUAAGGACGUGAGAGAAGACGACAUUGGAAAUUACACCUGUGAACUAACAUUUGGAAACUUUCUGGUUCGAAGAACCACCGAAUUAUCAGUCACAGCUCCGUUGACCAGCAAACCUCCAAAGAUCCUCUUUCCUGCUGAAAACAAAAUGAGUAUCAUGGAGAUGCAGUUAGGGAGUCUGGUGAACCUGACAUGUCGAGCAUUCUUUGGCUACAGUGGGGAUGUGAGCCCGCUCAUCUACUGGAUGAAGGGCGAGAAGUUCAUUGAGGACCUGGACGAGAGCCGGAUUCGAGAGAGCGAAAUCAAGACUCUACGGAAGCACCUGGGAGAACAGGAAGUGUCCAUCUCUCUGACCAUAGAUGCCUUAGAAGAAACAGACCUGGGUAACUACACGUGUUUUGUGGAGAACGGGAACGGCAGACGGCAAGCAAACGUCCUGCUCACCAAGCGCGCAGAGCUCAUGUACACAGUGGAGCUGGCCGGUGGACUGGGUGCCAUUUUCCUCUUGCUCGUCUUCCUGGUCACCCUGUACAAAUGCUACAGAAUUGAGCUCAUGCUCUUUUAUAGGAACCACUUUGGCAGCGAGGACUUGGAUGGCGAAAACAAGGACUAUGACGCAUAUCUGUCCUACACUAAAGUGGAGCCAGAACAAUGGAGCCAAGAGACCAGAGAGGAGGAACGCUUUGCCCUGGAGAUCCUUCCUGAUGUUCUCGAGAAGCAUUAUGGGUAUAAACUCUUCAUUCCAGACAGGGAUUUGAUUCCUACUGGAACCUACAUCGAAGACGUCGCACGCUGUGUGGACCAGAGCAGACGGCUCAUCAUCGUGAUGACACCGAGCUACGUGGUGCGGCGUGGCUGGAGCAUCUUCGAGCUGGAGACGCGUCUGCGCGGCAUGCUGGCGAGCGGCGAGAUCAAGGUGAUCCUGAUCGAGUGUGCCGAGCUGCGCGACACCAUCAAUUACCAGGAGGUAGAGGCGCUUAAGCACACCAUCAAGCUGCUCACGGUCAUCCGCUGGCCCGGGCCUGAGGGCAGCAAGCUCGGAAGCAAGUUCUGGAAGCGGCUACGCUAUGAGAUGCCGUUCAAGCGGCGCGAGCGUGCACUCUCACACGAGCUCUCACACGAGCUCUCGCAUGAGCAGGCGUUAGAUGCUGGUGAGCUGCAGAGUGUCUCGGCGCUCUCGAUGGCCGCCGCUGCCUCCACGGCCGUGGCCACUGCGCGACCCGAGUUGCGCUCCGCCUUCCGCAACAGUAGUUGCCACGCUCCGCUAGGACAGAAACACUACUACCGCAGCUAUGGGUAUGACAUGCCUCCACUGGCGACGCUUGGCACCCAUCAUACCUACUGCAACAUCCCUAUGACUCUGCUGAAUGGACAGCGCACACAGGGCAAAGCACAGCGCACUGAGCAGCAGCAACAGCUGGAGGAGCAGAACGCCAAUAACGCCAUGCUGCCGCUGCUACCACGUGAGACGAGCAUCUCCAGCGUCAUCUGGUGACGUCAUCUGCUGCCAGAAAAGGACCGGUUUGUUUUUUUAGCAACAAUCUUUACAACCUUGUUGACACGUUUCCUAGUAAUGUACGCGAUAAAAGAAGACAAACAGUUAGACUGCUGUUGAUCUUACAUUCACUAUGAGAAGUCCAGGAGCACUGGACCUGAAUAUGUUUUAGGUGAUAAGGUGUGAGUGCAAAGGUUUAUAAAACACAGAAAAGCUGCUGUGUUUCUGACCUGCACGCUCUCUCUCACUCUCUCUCACACACACACACACACACACACACACACACACACACACGCAGACAUUUGAACACACUCUGACACUUAAGGAAUACAGGGUCUUGUACAUAUAUUUGAGAUUUCUUUGUAGCAUUGGUAUUUUUUCAGUUUCAACAUUUCUGUUUCUUUUACUUUUUUAUCAUCCAAAUGUUUUGUAUCUAACUUUUUUAAUUAUCAUUAUUAUUAUAUUUUUUUUUUUUUUUUGGAGAAGAGAUCUGUAACUUUUUUUUUUUUUUGCGUUUUUCUCAACUUGUAGUUUGCAAGUGUUUUGGGAUUUGUGGCGUUGUGAUGUUUUCUUUGAGAGAACACCGUUGUUCUGUUGUAUUUUUUUUCUUUGGUUGAUGGUGGAACAGUGGGUAUCUCCGUUUUUUACAGACUCAUGAACAAAACUCGAUUAUGCAAAAAGUGCAGAAGCCUGGGAGCUAAUUUUCUUCCUGAACAAACGACCAAGCAGAAGACACGAGAGAGGAAGCAAAAUGCCUCAACACGAUGAUCUAGUGUCUCUGUACUCUCUGUCUCUCUCUCUUUCUCUCUCUCUCGCUCUCUCUCUGUCUCUCUCUCUGUCUCUUUCUCUCUCCGUCUCUCUCUCUGUCUCUCUCUCUCCAUCUCUCUCCCUCUGUCUCUCUGUCUCUCUCUGUCUCUCUCCCUCUC